AUGGCUCAAAAAAUGCCUGAAAGUGUUUUGAAAGCUACUAACAUAGAUUCUAGAUUGUCUUAUUUGAAAAGACAAUUUUAUGCUCUUCAUGAAAUUAAGGAGAAAGGUAGUGGAUUUGGAUGGGGUGAUAAGCAAAAAAUGGUCACGGGUGAUAGAGCAGUAUUUGAUGAAUGGGUGAAGAGUCACAAGGAUGCAAAAGGGUUAUUCAGGAAACCCUUUUCAUUUUAUGAUAUUUUUGAAGAAAUCUAUGCUAAAGAUAGAGCAACUGGAGUUAGUGCUGCUGAUCGAGUAGAUGCAGAAAACAAUCAGUCCACUAAUUGCAUAAGUGAAAGUAAUCCUGCAGAUGAUGAUGCUAGUGGACAAUUUAUUGGAACAUCUCAAGAUCCACCUUCUGGGAGCAAAAAGCAAAAGAGAAAAUUUGAAGAAAUUGAAAAAGUGCAAGGACAAUUCAUAGACAUGAUGCAACAAAUUAUGAAACAUGAUCAAGAGGUAAUGACUCAAUUAGCAAGCACUCUUUCACGAAAUGAGAGGAGCGAUAGAACUAAACUUCAACAAGCAAUUGCUAUGUUCUUGAGUUUGGAAGAUGUGGAUGAAAAGUCUGAAUUUGUUCGCAUGAUCCUUGGUUACUUUUGA